ACAUGGCGGGAGUGCAGCUCUGAGUCUCGUCUUCGGGAUUUUGUUGGCCAGAAUAAUGGUCAGAGCUGGUAGAUGGCGCACUAUGAAGCUCACCAUGACUCGGAGAACGGUUUGGGGAAAAUGGAGGAAUCAGUUGCCAAGUGCGCUAGCGGCCAGGAGUCCUUGAACAGCAGCAGCUGCUCGGAGUGCUCCGAUGAAUUGGAACCCGAAUGGCUGGAUGAUAUACAGAAGAAUGGGGAGCUUUUUUACCUGGAGCUGAGUGAAGGUGAAGAGGAGCUUUUGUUGGCGCGUGAUCAAGUGUCUACUAACCAUGUACGCUUCAGUGAAAAGGAGGCCGAGAUCAUCACUGAGCAAAACGUGAAACAGCGAUGUAGUUCCCGGCCUAAACGUGUGCCCACACUGAAGAAACUAGCCAAGAUCCUUAGGAGGAAACGUCGAUCCACUCAGCACAGAGGAGGCGAGGGUGGGAGUAAAGAGCCUUCAUCAUCUUCGCUACCUCUUGCAUCCAUCCUGAAGAACCAGGCGUGCCAAAGACAUGCACUAUCUCCCAACCCUGAGAGGCAGCUGAAGGAAGUGAGCAUAUAUGUCAAUCCUAAGCGUCUUGGAGGAUCAUGCACACCUUUGUCGUACAGCGGAGGGCUGUUGGAGGCUCUGCUUGGAGUGAUACACCGUCACUUUUGGACCAGGGGACAAGCUGAAGCAGCUCCUCAGGACAGUCGGCUUACUGUGCAUGGCCUCAGUCCCAAUGGUCCAGCUAUUAAAUGUGGUCAGAUCAUGAUAGGUGAUGUCCUUGUUGCGGUUGAUGAUGUGGAUGUGUCCUUUGAGAACAUUGAGAGGGUUUUGUCUUGCAUCCCAGGACCAAUGCAGGUCCGGCUGACGUUAGAGACGGCGGCGACACUGAAGGACAGUCCCGCCUCUGACACCGCAACAGUUCAGAAUACAAAAGGCUCUCCACCUGUGAGUCAGCUGGUCCGCCUCCUCUGGGGUGAAGACAUGGCUGAACUCCAGAUGUCCAUCAAUCACAUCCCACACAUUGUCAUGUACCUGUCAGUCAAACUGGACUCAGACUCGUCACAAGAGGAAGAGGAGAUUUUAUACCAGUACCCCACGUCUGAGGAGUCCAGCCAGCUCAAAAGCGUCAGGGGGAUCUUCCUCACUCUCUGCGACAUGUUGGAGAAUGUGACUGGAGGCCAGAUUGUCAGUUCAUCCCUGGUCCUUGGCAAACACCUGAUACAUGUGGGCUACUGGAAAGACGACAACAACCUACUGGUUGUUGGGCUUCCUGCGGAGAGGGUGCCAUUGCUGUGUCUCCAGACAGUGGUGAAGGACGUUGUCAGGACUUUAAAAGUAAUGUAUGGCUCCUUGGACAGUGCCUUCUGUAAGGCGGAUAAUGUUCCAAGACUGGACCAUUUCUUCUGCCUCUUUUUCCAGCAGCUCAUCCAGCCUUCACGCCUGAGGGAUAGAUUCUCAGUGCCGCCCACUGAUGUAUCACGGACCCUUUUUCUCGAUGGACUGCCGGCAGUGCGGUGGCUCACACUUCCGCCAGAAAUCAAGGUCGAGGUGGACACGGUUCUCUCAGAUUUUGAGUCGUCUGAUUUCGGAGAAAUGUCAGAAGACUUCUUUGGUCUGCGGAGACUCUACGUCAUUCUUGGCUCGUGUCUUUUCUUCAAGUCGUACCUAAUCGCCAACCACCUGCCCAAGGAGGACCUGCUGGACGUCUGCCUGUACUGUCAGCAUUACUGUCUGCUGCCACUGGCCUCCGAGCAGCGCGUGGGUCAGCUGGUCAUCUGGAGAGAGGUGUUUCCUCAGCAGAGAGCCGGUGGUGGCAGCACGACACCUGGCUACAAGCAACUACAAGGACGACACUUUCUUCUCAUCGUGGGACUGAGACACUUCAUGCAGUGUGUCUUGCUGGAAGCAGGAGGAUGUGCCUCCCCAGCUGUGGGCUCUCCAGGGCCGGACUGUGUCUAUGUAGAUCAGGUGAAAGCAACGCUGCUGCAGUUGGAAGGUUUAGAAGCUGGUAUAGAGGAGCGCCUGAAUGCUCCCCCAGCUCCAUGUCUGUCUUGUGCCGACUGGCUUCUUCCUGCAUCAACGACUCGGGAGCGUCUCGACAGUCUGACUUCAUCGUCCCCGAUCUUCAGUAAACUGGCAGGAGCUGUCAGGAGCUCGUCGGUGGGGUCCAUGGGCCGCAGCCUGUUUAAGGAGAAGGCACGGCGACCCAGUCCUCAGAGGAGCCUCUCUGACAGCGGGGUCGAGGGUGAGCUGGCCACGGGCUCCACAGUGAGAUACAGUCCUCAUUCCACCCCAAAUUCUGAGCGGAAGCUCAGAGGGAGGCGUCAUUCGCUGUCCGGAGGGUCUGACACCAGCGGCCUCUUUAAGACUCCUAGAAAGAGGCAGCCAAACCCCUUCUACCUGGGCACCCUGAAGAAGACCCUGACUGAGAGAGAGACUGAGGUCUGCAACAUCUCUAAGCUGACGUCGGGUGCAGAGAACACCCUGUUCCACUACGUCCUGAUGGAGAGCAUGCAGGGAAUCUUCAUCGCUCCGACUCACAAAGAAGUGGCUCAGCUCAGUGGAUCCAUUCAUCCACAACUCAUCCGCAACUUCCACCACUGUUGUCUGUCCAUCCGUGCUGCUUUCCAGCAGAGCCUGCCGGCCCGAGGUCGUCGGGCAGCAGACCGACCCCAUGGCUGCGGUUGGGGUUUGGGUCCGGUUAAGGAACACGGAGUCCUGUUUCAGUGCAAACCAGAGAAUUGGACGGACCAGAGGAAGCCAGCCCCAACCAUGACCUAUUGGGUCAUUGGGCGGAUGCUCCUGGAGCCAGUCCCUCAGGAGUUCUACGUCUGUUUCCACGACUCUGUGGCGGAGGUUCCAGUCGAAAUGGCCUUCAGACUCUCCUUUGGCUUGUCCCUGUAGAGUCAGAACUGAUGUUCCUUUGAGAGCCAGAGGUUUCCAUACACGUGUACAGAAACAAAAUGUGGUGUGCCUUAGUGCUAAAAAUCUGUUCUUGUAUCAUCAGGGAGAUGUGCUUCAUGUUGGAGUGAAAAUAUUAAAUACCUCAGUGUCACAGU